ACCAAAUCUAUUUCUUUGCCCCUUCACUUUUUUUCAUUUUGUGUCCACUCUACUAUUUCACUUGUACGAGGUACAUACCUCUGACCCUGUCCCUUUCUCUUUCUCUUUCUCAAACUAAAAACUAAAACCCAUUUUCUUCUCCAAAACCUUCGACCACGUCUAACCCAAACGCGCUUCUAAGCACUUCUUCGUUCUCUCUCAUUUCAACCAUUGUCGUAACUUUCAUGGACUAUUAAAUCCCCGACACUAGCGGACUGUGCUAUGCUAGCUGGUAAAGAGACAAAACAUGAACUAAGUGUGCAUUCAAAAUUUCAAAUAGGAAUUCCUUUCUUGGUGUUUGUGCAUGCAUUGCUUAUGUAUUUGCAAGCAUAGGUUAUACGAGGGAAUUUCUAACUGGGAUUGGUUUUUUGGUGGCAUCCAGUAUGCUGAAUGAUCAAGGAAAUUGAUAAGGAGACAAAGCCAGUGUUGUGAAGGAACUAAAUUUAACAAGGAGUUUAUGGUUGGUCUAUUUGCCUUUGAGUAUCAUUUCGUUUAUACUUUAGUUGAGAUACUGCAACCCUAAAUGCAUAGAAGAGGUUUGUGGUAGGAAUUACAAAGUAAAACUGCGACCCUAAUGCAAGAAACCUCUGAAGACGUUUUGUUGAACCUUGUACUUUCACCAUAUUUUUAUCUUCUGAGCUCUGCUCAAUCGAAAUUGUUUCAUUUUAAAAUCAGUGUGUUGUGUGAACUUUGAAUGCAUAGAAGCUUGCUCACAUUUUCUGGCAGUGCUUUUCAUUGUAAGUUGAAUUAUCUGUUUAGCCUUCAAAAUUUGGAAAGUCUGUGGAAUCAAUCAUUUUAGACUUUAGUGUUGCUCAAAUUAUUGAAUUAACUUGAAAAUGAAAUUGAGGGAGGGAAGGAAAGAUAAUCGAUUAUUGAUAAAAUUGUAAAAAAAAUUAAAAAGUCAAAGAAGAGUCCUCUGUUUCUUGAACCAAGAAAUAAUCUGUGUUAUCCCAUUCACUAAUAAAAUCUUCUCUUUCAAUGUGUGAAAUCAAUAUCUUUAAGAAAACUUGAAGUUGGAGUUUGGAAAUUCUCUCACUUCAUCUUUGUUUAUUCCUUUUGCAUUAAACAAUUUCAGAUACUGAUGAUGAUCAUUUUCCCUCAAAUCAAAAUAGAGUUCUGAGAGGUAGAAGUGUUGCUGGAAAUGGAAAAUCUUCUGUAAUAUCCAUCCCACACUCUAAAUUGCAUAGUGACAUGGAGGCUCAAAUUCAUCAACUUGAACAGGAAGCUUACUCUGCUGUCUUGCGUGCUUUCAAAGCCCAGUCUGAUGCUCUUACUUGGGAGAAGGAAGGUUUGAUAACGGAGCUUAGAAAAGAGUUGAGGGUUUCAGAUGAUGAACACAGGGAGCUUCUUACCAGGGUUAAUGCAGAUGACAUUAUUCACCGCAUAAGGGAAUGGAGACAAACUGGCUGUUACCAACCUGCAAGGCGAAGCACAUCUCAGCCUAUUCAUGACAUUUUACCUAGUCCUACUGUUUCAGCUUCCCGUAAAAAGCAGAAGACAUCACAUUCGGGUCAGUCAUUGCCUGCUUUAUCUUCAGUGAAGUCUGUGCAAUACACUUCUGCUGGACCUACUGGAGGUAGGCAUUUCACAAAUCGCAAUUCUUCUAGUGCUCUUGCAUCUAAUGCACCUGCCGAAGCAGCAUCCUUUGAUCCAUUGAUUGGAAAAAAAGUUUGGACUAGAUGGCCUGAAGAUAACCACUUUUAUGAGGCUGUCAUAACUGAUUACAAUGCUGCUGAGGGCCGGCAUGCAUUGGUUUAUGAUAUUAAUAAAGCAAAUGAGACUUGGGAAUGGGUUGAUCUCAAAGAGAUCUCACCUGAGGAUAUACGAUGGGAGGGUGAAGACCUGGGCAUGCUUCAUAAAGGUGGACAUAGUGGGCAAGGUCGUGGAGUUAAGAAAUUCUUUAGUCGUGGUGUUGAUACUUUAGGUACUGGAAGAGGGAGAGGUCAUCCCAAGUUUCACGCCAGACAAGAAUAUCCUCCACCACAAAAUGGUAUUGGAAAGAGAGUUUUGGAAGACAUUGAAUUGCUGAACACAGAUUUACUAGUUAAGGAGGUGGAAAGAAUUUUUGCUACAUACCCUCCAGAAUCUAUGGAGCUUGAGAAGGCAAAGCAAAUGUUGAAAGAGCGCGAGCAAGCACUUGUUGACGCCAUUGCAAGGAUUGCAGAUGCAUCUGAUGGUGAAAGUGAUGAAGAACAGCCGUUCUUGCAGCAUGGACAACUAAUGAACAGAAGAUGAGAGCACUGAAACCAGCUGCAUGUUUUUGGAGUUCCUCCACACCACACCAUUCCUGCAACACAACAUUGAGACCGUAAUACUUCGUUUGGACAGGAGGACAAGAAAAAAAAAUAUAGAUAAUUUUUUUUGUUAGAGAAAAUAAAGUGAAAACAGAAGAAUUAAAGUAUGUUUGAUUUACUUUUUAAAAAUAAAUUGUAAUACAAAUUUAUUUUAUGAUUUAUUUUUAAAAAUUAAAAACUCUUUAAAAAGUAAAUCAAACAUGCUUUUAACCUCUAAAAAUAAAAAUAUACUUUUUUUCUUCAUUUCUUUUAAUUUUAAUAAUUUUUUUUUAUCUUUUCAUUUUCAUUCCUCUAAAAUAAACCGAGGUAAUGAGUGUAAGCAUUUGGAUGGAAUUAAAAGUACUAAAUGGGGUUAU